AACGUUGCGCCUGCCAUCGUACGGCAGGGCUUUAUACCCUCGGCGCCCGUCGACCCAGAUGUUGCUUUCAGUAUCGACACCCUCGAGCUUUAUCGUGUUAUCAAGGGACGGAACCCUCGUGAAUCCACACAAGCUUAUGUCCGGUCGUUGUGUGACCUACAUGAAGUCCCGUUCGAGAUUCACUUGACGCGACAAUUCAGCAUUGCCUUCGACAUCUACCUUCAAAUCCGGGCCAAAGUGGACCAGCUUGUACACGUGGCGCUCCGCCGAGACUCCCCGAACUGGCGCCUCAAGCACGUCUGCCCAGCAUGCAUGUAUAAGCUGAAGGAUGAGCCCUCUCUCAAAUUCGCACUCCUCUAUACCAUUGACGGUAACGACUCGCUGAAGCGGGUGUUCAAGCGUUCGAACAACAUCAAUGCCGACGGGCCCACCGAGUCAUCCGAAUUGCCAACGUUGCUCAAGGUUCGUACGGACCGGUACAUCGAUCGUGCGACGGUGAACAAGUGGGCAAACGCUCAGCUUGACCGCGCUCUCACUGCUGAGGACAUCGCUGCAAAUCCAUGUGCGGCUCGUUGGAAAAACAUGAAGGAGGAUAUUACCAAGAAGAUGUGGAGUGUCUUCGAUGAGACGGGUAUUUUUCUCGCUGUCUGUCGGCAUGGGUUCUCCCUCCUUGUCGUUGACAUGGUAAAGAGCGGCGAAUUAUCGAAAUACCCGCUUGCUAUCAUUGAGCGCAUGCUCCAUGUGUUCGGCAAGAACCUUGGCACCGGCUACGAUAUAGGAUGCAAGUUCAAUACAACGAUCGCAAACACGCGCCUAGGCGCGCUUGCCGUGCAGCUGGAACAUGCUUGCCUGGUGGGCGCUUUCCAUGGACACUCACACCGUCGUCUUUGCCAGAUUGAUCACCUCUCCACGUAUGUGGAGGGCCUUGGAACAGAAGACCUCGAAGGGUGCGAGCGCAAAUUCUCGCAGACUAACGACCUUGCCAUACCCACCCGACACGCAAGUAUCUUCCAUCGUCAGCAGCACAUCGACCUUUACCUGGAGUAUCUCGACGAAUUUGAGGUAUACCCGAACCUUGUCACGUUUUUGUAUAACAACUACCGGCAAGCCCUGCAGAUCAUCUCUGAUGGUGUUCCCAGCCUACGUAUCGCUAUGGCACACCUCAAGAUCACCGACACAGCCGUUUUCAAGACAUGGCUCGAAGAGGAGAGGGUAUACCUCAAGAGCCUCGAGAGCGAGCCGGUGGAAGAGACCACGCAGAUGGAGUACUGGAAAGCACUAGUGCGCAUGCAGGAUAACGGGUACGUCUCAUUCCUCGUCAAUCCCACGUGGAUCAACACAACAUCCAACGCGAGCAGCGCAAGCGCAGCACGCAUCGCCGGGUCAAAAGUACGGCACGCCCAGGAAAACUACGACCGCUCGUGUCAGCUCGUUCAAGACAUCGAACGUCGGCUCGAGAUCAAUACGAGGUGGACGUCAGCUGACGACGAGUGGCAGAAAGCCGGACGGCUUGUCGCAAAGCGCACAUAUCAGCGUACCCUGGACAAGCUUGAAGGCCUCCUUGUCGCCCGGAUUCUAGAGAUGGACCGCUACUCCGUACGACAACAUGUCGCGAAGGCGCUACAGUCUCGCGCGGCAGCCAUCCGUGCCGCCCUUGACCUCUACAACAAGGCCGCCCGCGCCCUCCGCCCUCCUGCGCGAGCCCUGACGUGGGAGGAGGUAUCGAAAACCUCCUUCCUCAAGGACCUAGACCUGCUGCGAGACACGCGUCAAGAUGUUUCUAAGCGCCCUUGGGCAAAGCCGGCUGCCCGUGCCGCCAUGGACGACUACUUCAAGCUCUGCCGCGCGUACGAAGAGAUUGAGCGCCUCAACGUCGAGAUUAAGCGUGUCGCAACGUACCUACGCGACGAGGAUAGGUAUCUCAGCGCAUGCGAGAAGCUCUUGCAAGAGCAGCAUCCGGCGUUGGCACUGCAAGUGGGUAUUCACCACCGAAUACGCGGGCGGUGCAACGACAUCCAUAGGAAGAAGCUGAGGGCUAUGGCGGCCUUGGAGGGAUUCAACGGGUCUAUCGAUCCGGGCGAGAGCGUUGACAUAGGGCCGGGGGAGAGUGCCAGCAUCCCUGCCCCCAUUGUUCCCCCGGCACUCCUGUCCGGUGCCGCCGCUGUUAACGUUGAAGUCCACGACAGCGAUCUCAAAGAUAACGGGGACGACAGCGACGAUAACGAGGACAUUGGGAGGGCUGACGAUGAUGCUCUGCAGGCCGAGCUCUACGAUGACGAACCCGGUGAUAUCCAGCCCAUAGAGGAUGACUUAGACUUAGAUACCCUUAUUGUAGCAGGACUUAAUGACGUAGCUUAG